AAUUGCUAAUAACAAACAACAAUUAACAUAAUUCUGUCUUUGUUUCUUGGUCACUGUCUAGCCACGCCUUCAUGUUCUUUUCUCUUUCAUAUGAUUCUCUAUUGCUAUCGCUAUUGCCACCCCCCACUCAAUACUCAUAACACUUCCAUGGCUUCACGUUCCCCUCGGCUUUUAUCACUUGCCAGACGAGCCUUUUCUUCUUCAUCAUCUUCUCAAGCUAAUGGUGUUUCCUUAGUUCAAGGAGCUUCCAGAGGAAUCGGUCUUGAAUUCGUGAAACAAUUGUUAGAAAAAAAUGAUGAAGGGCAUGUUGUUGCUACUUGCCGUAAUCCUGAUGCAUCAACUGGGCUACUUCGUUUGAAGGAUAGAUUUGAUGAUCGACUUCAAAUUUUGCCUUUGGAUUUGACUGUUGAAAGUUCUAUUGAGGCAUCUGCAUUGUCAAUAAAAGAGACAUAUGGCCAUCUAAACCUUCUCAUUAAUGCAUCUGGGAUUCUUUCAAUACCUGAAGUAUUGCAACCAGAAACCACAUUGAACAAAUUGGAGAAGUCAUCUUUAAUGCUUGCAUAUGAGGUUAAUGCCGUCGGUCCUAUCUUGGUUAUCAAGCACAUGUGGCCUCUUCUUAAAGCUGGAGGUGGCAUUGGGACAGAAAGAAGUGGUGCAGUUGUGGCUAGUUUGAGUGCAAGGGUUGCAUCUAUUGGUGAUAAUCGUCUCGGGGGUUGGCAUUCGUAUCGAUCUUCAAAGACUGCUCUUAAUCAAUUGUCAAAGACGAUCUCGUUGGAGUUUGCGAGGAAGAAGGAUCCAAUCAUAUGUAUUCUAUUGCAUCCUGGUACAGUUGACACAGAUCUUUCUAAGCCAUUUCAAAAAAAUAUUGCUAAAGAAAAGCUCUUCACCAAAGAGUACUCAGUCCAAAAGUUGUUACACAUCAUUAACAAUGUGAAGAACAAUGACAAUGGCAAGUUCUUUGGUUGGGAUGGUCAAGAAAUUCCUUGGUAAUCUGUCAUAUUUGUGUCAAAUAACAUAGCAUGUAAGAAUGAUGAUAUAUCUAUAAUAUGUGUCAAAGCUGGACUCGAGAAAAAGUUACUUGAAAAUUGUAUCUCAUAAUAAAAUUCAUUGAUUCAUUCAUAUUUGUUGUUCAAGAUAAAGGAAAUACAACUACUUGAUAUGUUUUCUA